AUGCGGCGAGCACAGGUGAUCCGCCAGAGGCUGCUGGCACAGCUGGCGGCCAAGGGCGGGACGGGGGCUGGGAAGGAGGGGCGUGGGGCGGACAGGGGAGGGGCGGGGCCUGUGAGGGACGCGAGUGGGGCUGGCAGGGGAGCAGCUAGUGCAGGGAGGGAAGGGAAUGGGGCGGGCAGAGGAGGGGAUGGGGCGGGCAGAGGAGGGUUAGGAGCAGGGAGGGAAGGGAGUGGGGCGGGCAGGGGCGGGGUUGGAGCAGGGAGAGGAGGGAGUGGGGCGGACAGUGGAGGGAUGGGGGCGGGCAGAGGGGCGGUGGCAGGUGGAGGAGGGGUUGUGGCAGGUGCCGGUGCACCACUAGGAAUGACGUCAGGUGCAGGAAGGGGAGGAGUGACGUCAGGUGGAGGAAGGGGAGGAGUGACGUCAGGCGCAGGAGGGACGGGAGAGAUGGUGGGGCGAUCGCUGGGAGCAAUAGCAGGAGAAGGAGAAGCAGCAAGGGGAGCAUCAGUGGAGAGACAGAAGGAGAUUGAGAAGCAGAGGGAGCAGCAGAAGGAGAUUGAUAAGCAGAGGGAGCAGCAGAAGGAGAUUAAUAAGCAGAGGGAGCAGCAGAAGGAGAAGGAGAAGCAGAGGGAACAGCAGAAGGAGAUUGAGAAGCAGAGGGAGCAGCAGAAAGAGCAGGAGAAGCAGAAGAAGCAGCAGAAGGAGAAGGAGAAGCAAAGGGAGCAGCAGAAGGAGCACGAGAAGCAGAGGGAGCAGCAGAAGGAGCACGAGAAGAAGGGAGGGCAGCAAACGGAGCAAGAGAAGCAAAGGGGGCAGGGGAAGAAGAGGAAGGGGCAGGAGUUGCAAGGCGCGCAGGAGAAGGAGCAGGAGGAUCAGCUGGGAGGGCAGGAGAGACAAGGCGGAGAGAAGUGUAAAGUAGUGAAACUGGGUGAAUGUGAGAGUGGGAGGAGUGUGGAAGGAGUAAGGGACAUCCCUUUUGUCACCAAGGGGGAUAAGGAGAAGGGGGCAGAGGAGAAGAGUGAAGAGGAGACGAGGCAGGGGAAGGAGACGAGAAGAGCAGGGGUGUCGGGAAGGGUAAAAGAGGAGGAGGGGCAGGGAGGGGAGAGUGGUGUUGCAGAUUUGAAACACGGGAGGAGGGUGGGUGAGAUUACGGCUGGUGACUUGGGGCAAGGGAAGAGGCGACGAGGUGCAGAGGAGGAUAGGGAGAGACGAGUGAGGGAAAGGGUGGAGGAGGAUAGGCGGAGAGAGGAGGGGGGGAGACGAGAGGAGGGGGGAAGGAGGGAGGAGGUGGGGAGGAGAGAGGAUGGGGGAAGGAGGGAGGAGAGGGGAUGGAGAGAGGAGAGAGGCAGGAGGGAGGAAGGGGGAGGGAGGGAGGAGGGUAGGAGGAGAGACGAGAGAGAAAGGAGUGAGGAGUGGCGGAGGAGGGAGGAGGGUACUAGGAGAGAGGAGGGUAGGAGGAGAGAAGAGGACGGGAUGAGGGAGGAGCAUAUGCAUGAGGGAGGAGGCAGGAGGGAGAGUGGUAAGAACGAGGAAGCAAAGGGGAAGAAGAGAGAAGAGGGUGGGAUGAGGGACGAGCACAUGCACGAGGGAGGAGGCAGGAGGGAGAGUGGUAAGAAAGAGGCGGUGAAGGGGAAGAAGGGGGGGGUGGAGGGGGGUGAGACUGAGGAAGGCACACAAGCGAGGGUGCGGGUCCGGGUGAGAGGGAGAGGAGUGUUGGAGGGAGGGGCGAGGGAGAGGAGUGUGGAUGAGUAUGAGAGCCCGCUGGUGAUGUUCAGGUGCUACCGGCACUCCUCCGUGUUCAUGGCCCGAUGGAGUGCUGUGGUGGAGUGCGGUGAGGAGGGGCAGGAGGAGGGGAAGGAGGGGCAGGAGGGGCAGGAGGAGGGGAAGGAGGGGGGGCAGGGGAGGCAGCAGGAAGGGAAGGAAGAGAAGGAAAGGAAGGAGGGGCAGGAGGGACAGAGAGUGGAUCUAGGGCAGAGUCUGCAAAGUCAACAGAGUCAACAACAGCAGCAGCAGCUGCAGCAGCCGGAGCGAGGUCCAUCACCCCAUCCGCCCCCUUCCCCACUUUCCUCUCAGGCCUUGCGAGUCCACGAGGCUUCGAUCGAUCCGCACCGUGUGAUCUGCACCGCCCAGCUGCGCGGCCAAUGCGUGGACGCCAAGUGUCGCCUGCAGCACCUGCUGCCCCACCCUGUGCGCUUUGCCCCUGUGAUCAGGGUAGUGCGGGACGAUGCUGAAAGGGUUGCUCAUAACGUGUAUGCAGAGAGUGUGGCAGGAGCAGCAGCAACAGCAGCAGCAGAAGUGGGGGGAGCAGGUGCUGAAGGAAUAGAGAGGGCGGCAGAAGCAGCAGAGAGUGUUAAACCACCAGCAGGGGCCAGCCAAGAAGCAGAUCCGUUACAAGCUGAUGCAAUACAAGGGUCUGCAUUAGAAGGAAACCACUCACUGGUGUCGCUCCUCCGAGCAUCCAUCUUAAAGCCGCAUCUUCAACCCCACCACCUUAUCCCAUUGCCUGGUAAGAAACGCCAGCUUCCCCCUUCCCCUGCCUUUCCCCCGUACCUCCUCCCAGUCCCUUUUCCAAAAGACACUUGGCUGCCCAGCAAACAUAUCACAUACACCCCAAUCUGCCCGGAAACGGCUCUCGGCGAAUCAGGGCUUGGUGGGAAGGUGCUUAAGGCCCGAAAGGCUUUAUCGGAGGUUUUGGCUUCCGCUGCAGAAGUGUCUUUUGCUUCGGCUGCUGCUGCUAGGAGCGGGGGGGGUGGGGGGAGAUGGGGGGGAGGAGGAGGGGAAGGAGCAGGAGGAGGAGCAGGAGUGGGAGUAGAAGGAGGGUGGGGAGUGGGAGGGGCAGGAGGGAGUGGGCCAAAGAGGAGUAAGGAGGGAGGGAAGGGAGAUGAGGGAGAGAAGAUCGCUAAAGGGGGGAAGAUGAGCGUGUGGGAUAGGGUGAGUGGCGCAGAGGGGAAUUUUGGAGAAACGAGGGUGAGUGGGGGUGAGAGGGAGUGUGAGGGUGUGAGCGAGGGAGUGAGAGAGGGAGUGAGGGAGGAAGAGAGGUUGCCACUGCACCUUCCUCUCUCUCUGCUCCUUUCUGGAACGGUGGAUUUCUGGGGCGGUGAAAGCUGUCCUGUGAUUGCCCAGCUCCUGGGCUUGAUCCACCUGAAUCGGAUCGACCCGUCUCUGAAGGGAAUGGGGCGGCUGCUCUAUGCUGUCUGUGCGCCGGAACCAACUGCUGCCACUUUGGAAACGGUCAUUGCCUCGCUAGCGCAUUUCCUGUACCACCAGCCAGGCAGCAGCAGCACGUGGCAUGUCUUCUUCCGCCUCUUUGCCCUCCUCCCCGCGCUGCUGCACCUGCCGUGGCUUUACUGCAUGGCGCGGCUUCGGAGGGAGGUUGAAGUCAAGGAGCAGAUGGCAGCCCUGGUGCAGUGCUGUGUGAGUGGGUGGUGUGGUGAUGGGUGGUGCAGUGCUGUGUGA